UUUGUAUUCACGUUUACACACAAUUUUCGUUCUUUUUAAUCCUAAAUAAAACUGAUUGUUGUUUUUAAUAGUGGAUCAAUAUGGAAGAUUACCUAUCGACGACUGUUUCCAAUCUGAGAUCCGCCUACUAUUCCACGUUAAACCUAACCAUAGGCAAUGAAACCAGCAACCUAGACUCCACGGUCUCCUCUUUAGUCUAUUCCAAGUUUUUGCACUGGCAACUCAGUCAAUUGAAGUGUGGUAUAUGUAAAAAAGCGGAUAAAAUCGGAUAUAAAGACCAUAUUUUUGUACCAGUACUGAAUGGGCAUAGGGAAGAGUAUGAAUUAAAAACUGAAGUGGUAUCCUGUUUAAAUGAAUAUGGGAUUAGUAAAGAAAUGUUAAUAUUUCGAAAUGACUACGAUCUCCAAGAACUAGUAACAAAAACUAAAACUAAUGUAGUGUUGGUGGAUCAUCAUACUUUAGCCAUCAAAGACAAGUUCUUUGCUCCUUAUGUUACUGAGAUCAUAGACCAUAGACCUAUAGACAAGACAGAGUGGGCCUACAGAGAUGAUACAAGGUCUACUAUAGAAACAGUCGGAUCGUGCUGUACGCUGGUAGCUCAAAGAAUUAUGGACAUGUCAGCAGUGAUGGCAAAAAAGGUCGAAUUCUUCGAAACACAUCCGCUAUGCACACAGCUACUACACUCAACCAUUAUUCUCGACACGGUGAACUUCUCAAAAGAAGUGAAAAAAGGCACGCCACACGAUUUGGAAAUAGUGACGUUCCUAGAAGGGAUUAUGAAAAUAGAAAAUCCGGAGGCUGAGAGAGAAUGCAAACUGACACGUUUGCUAGAGGCUCGAACGAACGUCUCGCGUCUCACAGCAGCACAGCUUCUCAAGAAAGACGUCAAGAUUGUCAAAGAGGUGUACGUGCCUAGUUUCCCUAUAUUAGUGGAGGAAUUCCUAUCGAAGCCAGAAGCCCUAACAGCAGUCUCCGAAGCCCUAAAAUCAAGCGGGUGUUCCCUCGCACUCCUAUUGGGAAUGAGCUUGCAGAACGGAUUGAAACGAGACGCCGCUAUAUGCGGGAGCGAGCACGAUAAAACUGCCAAACUAGCCAAAUUUCUUCAAGACUGGAGCGCGCCAUCGCUUCAGCUGACCUCAACAGACCUUCAGUACCCAAACACUUGUUACUUCAACCAACUGUACCUAGGUGCGUCUAGAAAACAGUACAUACCUGCUGUCAACGCGUUCUUACAAAAUCCGUGAAAAUGGGGUUGGCAACUGUCAAAGGUUUGCAUAGAUAGCGCCAUCAUAGCAUUUGAAAAAGGGGCCUUUUUCUAUGAGACGUGGCUUAAAGAGCUUGCAUCCAGGGCAUUAAAAAAACAAAAAUUUGACACAACUCUAGGGAUUGACAGGGCAAGCUAUGAUGGCGCCAUCUGCUGAAUACUUCGACCGGCCAACACCAUUAAUUUGAAUUUUAGUGAUAGUCUUGUCCGCUAGAUGUCACUAUACCAUAAGCUGAGAUUAUCUGGAACGCGCUAUUCUCUAAAUAAGGUAGGCGUUUUAAACAGGUACUUAAAUGAGAAGAAUUUGACACUCGGAUGCUGUUGUUGCAAAUAAUUUGGAUUUUUAUAGUUUUAGAAAUAAAAAAGAAUGAAAAACUUGAAUUCGCUGUAUUUUAUUAACUAUGGUAUUUUGAAGCUACAUAUACUAAUGGGGUUGGCAACUGUCAAAGGUUUGCAUAGAUGGCGCCAUCAUAGCUUGCCCCUUUUUCUAUGAGAUUUGUCUUAAAGGGCUGGCAUCCAGUGUAUUAAAGGAACAAAAAUUUUACACAAUUCUAGGGAUUGACAGGGCAAGCUAUGAUGGCGCCAUCUGCUAAAA